AUGAAGCGCUGCUGCCUGGGGGCGGCUUGGGUGAUCCUGGCAACACUGUCCCUGGCAGCAAGUGAAUCACAGCCCCCAGGGUGCCAGGACUGCGCCAUGCCGCGGGGGCAGCGGGUCCCGGUGCAGCCGCCCACCACCCCACAGAGGCGCGCCACCAGACCCCCCUGCCCCGCCGGCAUGAACUGGAUUGAGGGGGCUCACCGGUGCUGUGCCCAGUGUCCUGCAGGGACAUUCCUGCUCAGCCCCUGCUCGAGCCGCAACAACAGCGUCUGCACUGCCUGUCCCCCUGGCACCUUCCGCGCCCAGCCCAACACCUUCCCCGAAUGCCAAGCUUGCUACGAGUGCGACCACCAAGCUUUCCAGAGUGUGCUGAGCAACUGCUCGGCCACCAGCAACGUCGCCUGUGGCUGCAAGCCCGGCCACUUCCGCGACUGCCUCGACGAGCGCUGCAGCGACUUCUCCUGCCGGCAGUGCCAGCCCUGCACUGGGCGGCUCAUCCAGCGGCCCUGCUCGGAGGCACAGGACGCACUCUGCGGCAGCUGCAAGCCUGACUUCUACGCUGAGGGUGGCGAGUGCCGGCCAUGCCACAUGAGCGCCCCGGAGACAUGCAGCAAGGAGUGCCAGCGGGCGUGCGGUGGCAGACGAGGCUCGGGGCUGGAGUACGUCCUGCUGGCGCUCACCGGACCCCUCUUCCUGGGCGCCCUUGCCAUCUACCACAAGAGGAAGCGGCUCCGGCACGAUGCCCCGGCAGGCAACCCCCUCCCUGCAACACACGCAGCCACCCCCACAGCCGGGGCUGUGGCCACACCAUGGUGCCAGGUCAGUGCCCAGGGGUGGGACAGCCUGUGCUGGACCAGGCCGUGCUCCUCCCAGGUGACGGAGAGUGCCACUGGCACGGCGAGGCAGAGCCCCGAGUACCGGGCCUUACUGCAGGAGCAGCCUGGCGGUGUGGCACAGCUGGGCAGUGAGGUGGAGCCCUCUGCCCCUCUGGAGCCCCGCAGCACCCUGCUGCAGGGCAGCCAGCUCUACACUGUCAUCGAUGCGGUGCCAGUGCGGCGCUGGAAGGAGUUCAUGCGGGUGCUGGAGCUGCGGGAGGCGGAGAUCGAGUUGGUGGAGCUGGAGGUGGCCCACAUCCGUGACCAGCAGUAUGAGAUGCUGAAGCGCUGGUGCCAGCAGACCAGUGCCACGCUCGACCGCAUCUUUGCUGCCCUGGAGCGCAUGGAGCUGUCCGGCUGCGCCGAGGCGCUGCGCCGGAGCCUGCUGGCAGGCCCCUAG